AUGGUCAAGGCUGCGACCGUCCGGCGCGCCGCUGCCCGCCGCCAGGUCGUGCUCGAGCUGGAGGAGCUCGGCCGGCACGAGCUCGUCGACGGGCAGCGGGCCAAGGGCGCCGGCCACGGCACGCGCCGGCAGGUCGUGCUGCGCGACGAGUGGCUCGCGACGGCCGAGCUGGUGCAUGUGGGGGAUGUCGUCAACCUCAUCGGCACGUGGGCCGCGGGCGAGAAACACACCACACCGGCGGAUAACCUGCUCAUCCUGCACCCCGACGUGCUGCUCUCGGCGACGGCAAUCUCGGGCACGAGCACGUGCACGCGCAAGCCGCUGGUGCAGGCGCUCCUGCGCUCGUCGGCCGCCGACGACGGCGGCAGCACCGAGGCGCUGGUGAUGGGCGCGAUGCUGCAUGCAGUGCUGCAGGCGUGCCUGACCGGGCAGGGUCUGCCGUGGGCCGGCCUGCCGCCGACGAACUUCGCUCGCGGCUUCGUCGAGCAGCAGGUGCAUGCGCACGUCGCCGCGCACCUCGAGGACAUCGUCGGCGCCGGGCUCGAGACGGGCCGCGCGGCGCAGCAGCUGAUGGAGAGUGCGGCGCCGUUUGGGCAGUUUGCGCAGCUGUACCUGGCGCAUCCGCACGGCGAGAUUGAGGUGACGAUUGCGUGCGACACGCGCUGCCGGGUGCCGCCACGCGUGCGCGUCAAGCGUGUCCUCGAGGUGGAAGAGGACAUCUGGUCGCCGAUGUACGGGCUCAAGGGCUUCGUGGACGUGUCCGUCGAGGUCGAGAGCCUGGCCACGCCUGCGUCCUACACCAGCGUCAUGCCGCUCGAGCUCAAGACCGGGCGCGCGUUCGCCAUGCUCGAGCACCGCGCGCAGACGAUGCUCUACAUGCUCAUGAUGAGCGAGCGCUACGGCGUGGACUGCGCCGCCGGGCUGCUGUACUACUCGCGGACGGGCGAGCUGCACCGCGUGCGCCGCGUGCGCAAUGAGGUGCGCGCGUUGCUGAUAGGCCGCAACGAGCUGGCGAGCUAUCUGGCACGGCGAGAGGAUGCCCCAGCACUCCCCGCUGUAGAGGGCAUUCCGGCUCUCCUGCCACGCACAAUCGACGACGCGCGGACAUGCUCGCGCUGCUUCGUCGUCGACGGGUGCAUGCUAUACCGCCGGGCCGAGGACAUCGUCGAGGACCCCGAGGCACCAAGCGCGAUUGCCGACCUGUACGAGCGCAAGACGGCGCACCUCAGCGACAAGCACGCGGCGUUCUUCGCGCACUGGGAGCGCCUGCUGAGUCUCGAGGAGGACGACGUGGUGCGCUUCCGGCGCGAGCUCUGGACGAUGACGGGCGCGGCGCGCGAGCACAACGGGCGUGCGCUGGCGGGCAUGCAGCUCGUCGAGGGCGAGCUCGCAGCGACGCCGACGGAUGCGCGCCGGCAUGUGUACCGCUUCGUGCGCGCUGCUGGCCCGGCACGUCUGGCCGACCACGCCGCGGCGCUCAGCAACCUGCUCCAGGUCGGCGACACGGUAAUCGUGUCCGUCGAGCCGGCGCUGCCGGCGCUCGCCGCCGGGACGCUCGUCGAGCUGUCCAGCUCUGCGGUGACCAUCGCUCUCAAGCGCGCGCUCGACCCCGCGCUGGCGCUGGCCAAGGCGCAGAACGGCGCGCAUCCGCUCUUCCGCAUCGACCGUGACGACAUCGGCGGCGGCAUGGCGCGCAUCCGCAACAGCGUCGCGCGCCUCUUCUACGCCGGCGGCGAUGCGCUGCGCCGCGAGCUCGUCGUCGACCUGCGUGCGCCGCGGUUCAUGGAGCUGCCCGACUACGUGCCGCUGCCGGCGCACCUCAACGACGACCAGCGGCGCGCCAUGCGGCAUGUGCUGUCCGCGCGCGACUAUGCGCUGGUGGUCGGCAUGCCAGGCACGGGCAAGACGACGACGAUCGCCGAGCUCAUCCAGCUGCUCGUGCGCCGCGGCAAGACGGUGCUGCUCGCGAGCUACACGCACAGUGCCGUCGACACGAUCUGCCGCAAGCUCGUCGACGUCGAUCUGCUGCGGCUUGGGAGCGUCGAGAAGAUCCACCCGGACGUGCGCGCCUUUGCCAUGCCCGAGUCGAGCACGGCGGAGGAGCUCGAGGCGCGCAUGACGACGCCCACCGUCGUGGCCACGACGUGCCUCUCCCUGCCGCCGCUGGUGCGCCACGCUGCUGCGCGCGCGGGUGGCCUCGACGUGAGCCUCUUCAGCCGGCUCGCCGAGGCGCACCCAACCUCGCAAGUCUACCUCACGCGGCAGUACCGCAUGAACGCCGACGUCAUGGCGCUGAGCAACGAGCUCGUGUACGACGGGCGCCUGCGGUGCGGCUCCGACGCCGUCGCAGACUUGCGCCUCGAGCUGCCGGCACGCAGCGCGAGCCUCACAGCCAUGCACGCCGGAGGCGCAUGCACCGAGUGCUGGCUCGACCGGGUGUUGGACCCUGCCUGCCGCGUCGUCUUUCUCGACACGGACCGCGUGCCCGGCCGCGAGACACGCGUCGGCGAGAGUCUCGUGCAGAACGAGGUCGAGGGUGCGUUGGUGGCACAGCUCGCCGCGGCCCUGGUGCUUGGCGGCACAUCCGCGAGCGACAUCGCCGUGAUCACGCCGCUGCGCCAGCAGAUCCGGCUGCUGGCGGCCAAGCUGCACGGCAACAGCGCCAUCGAGAUCCUCACGGCCGACCGCGCGCAGGGGCGCGACAAGGCCGUCGUGAUCAUCUCGUUUGUGCGCAGCGGCGAGGCGGGCGUCGGCGAGCUGCUGAGCGACGCGCGCCGCAUCAAUGUGGCCCUCACGCGCGCCCAGCGCAAGCUCAUCCUCGUCGGCAGCCGCUCGACGCUGGCCGAGGCGCCGCUGCUGCGCAAGCUCUUUGGCGUGCUCGAUGCGCGCGGCUGGUGCCAGACGCUGCCGCCCGAUGCCCACCGCACGCACCACGCGCCGCCUGGUGAUGAAAACACGCGCCCGGCGAGCGCUUCUCCACAAGCCAAGGCCGCACUCAAGCGCACGCCGCGGCGCAGCGCUCCUGCGCACACCGCCGGUGCGCGCGCCAUCCUCAAGGACCGGCCGCUGCUGCGUGAUCUAGUAAACGACCUGGCGUGA